AAGCAUGGAUACCUUUAGAAGGUUCUCAAGAACUUGGAAAGCUCAAUGGAGGACACUUCUCAUUGGAUUAUUCAUUCUGUAUGGAGAAAGCAAACAGCAGCCUUGCCAAGAGAGAAAGUGACUCAGUUUGAGAAAGGAGAAUCUGCAUUGUUGCCUUCCAUGUUUCUCCUGGAUGAAUGAGACUCUAGCCGAAGCAUGGAUACCUUUAGAAUGUUCUCAAGAACUUGGAAAGCCCAAUGGAGGACACUUCUCAUUGGAUUAUUCAUUCUGUUCUCCAGCUUGGAUGCCCAAGUGAUCCAAGCACCUGCAAAGCUGAAAGUUCAAGAAGGAGGCUCUUUCACUCUGAAGUGCAACUCCUCCAUCCAGUACCAGCCCUAUUUUUGGUACCAACAGCUGCCUGGAACACCUCCAUCUCUCAUCCUAUAUAUACAUUCUCAAGGAAGCCAGAAUGAUAAAGGUUUUGUGGCGAAGUACUUGGAGAAGGGGGAAGAAAGCCACCUGCAUCGCCGUACAGCUCAGCUUCGGGAUUCAGGAAGCUACUUCUGUGCUGUACAAGACACAGUGGUGAAGGAAGGAGAAACCUCCCAACCGAAACCUCAGUUCUUCUGUGUCUGUAUUCUUUGUGCUUCUCUGGUGCACAUGUUCCUCUGCUUUGUCUCCAACUUGGAUGCCCAAGUGAUCCAAACACCUGCAAAGCUGGAAGUUGAAGAAGGAGGCUCUUUCACCCUGAAGUGCCACUACUCCAUCCAGUACCAGCCCUAUUUUUGGCCAGCGUUUUGGAGUAGACCCGUGUCUGGUGGGAAUCAGAUUGAUGCAAAGAUGUAUCAUAGCAUUGGAAAGUUAGAUGCAGGAUGUGAAAUCUCCUGUGAGUUUGCCCUCUUGUACACUUCUGCCUUCUUAUAUGGCCUGACGGAGGUGCAGCCUUUCCUCCAGAUCCCUGAAUAG